AAGUAACUCAAUCUCUUCAUCUCUCUCUCUCUCUCUAUCUUUUGCUCUCUGUUUUUCAAUUCUUUCAUUCAGGUUUUUCCCCCUUUUCUUGUUCUUUUAAGUAUCAGAUGAAAAUUGAGGAAUUUUGGGGUUAACAAUGAAACAGAGCUUUGACAGUGUUUUCGCCAUAGAAGAUAUUGAGGUUGCCAAUAUCAUGUUGGAGCUUCCCCGUCUCAUGUUACGCCCUCCUCGCUUUUCUUGUACUUGGGGCUGCCGGAGGAAGAGAUCUGUUUGCACAUCUUCUCCGCCGCCGUCGAAACAGCCUCUUCCUUCUUCCACCGUCGUGGGACCCAUCGAAAAGGUCUUAUCUUCAAGCCCUGAUACACCCCUGUCUUUUUGUUCCAAUGAAGCAGAUGAGAAGUCUCUCCCUCUGCCUCCCAAGAAAAAAGCUUCUUCGGUUAAUAGUCUCAAAAGGAAAAAAGAACAAUUUUUAGAGACGGUGGAGGAUUUUACCCAUCGCAAUGAAAUACUUAAAAAGGAUAUAGAGAUUAAGAGGCAAUUGCUUGAUCGACAGAUAGCUGAGAAUUUGGAGUUGAAAUCCAAGAAACUAAAGUUAAAUCAGAGUCUUCUCACACCAGAAACACAUAAAAGCUUGAAUCUUGGGAUACAAUCAACCCAAAUGAGUGUUGGUCAACAUCAUCAACAACAAGGAAUUCCCAGCAGGGUUCACCACCAACCGUUGAUGAUGGAUCAGAUGGUUCAAAUGAUCUCAUUGUUGCCAUCAUCAAACAGUAUCCCAGACCUCAACGUUUCAGCAGAGGAAGCAUUCAUCGAUCUAGACAUAGUAAACAAAAGCAGAGCAGCAGCAGAAGCAAGGUUUAAAAGGAAGCAAAUUUGCAGAGCAAAGAAUUUCAAAUCGCUGUACAAAGCUGGGUGCCCAUUAACAUGACUCCUUUUUGGUCUCUAAGGCGGCAUUAAGGUAGACAGAAUGGAAAAUUGUAAAUUAGAGGGAAGUUGAUAAUGAGAAGAGAAUAUAUUUGAUUUGGUAUUAAAUGUCUCCAAUACAUGCUUUUUUAGUAUGAUUUAUUCAAUGCAAGAUUUUCUUUUUUGGUGAGAAAUUUUUUAGCUUUGGUUUUUGGGUGUGAAGGAAUCUAAUUUUGAUGGACUGUAAACCUAAAUUAUAAGCAUGGAAGUGGAAAGAAGGAGUUAUUGACACCAAUUUUAUGUGUAUACAAA